CCAAGCGAGAGCAGGUGGCCACAGCGGGCUCCAUCUGUGCGGGCAGGUAUGAAGCGGCCACUGAGCCCAUCCCCCUCAGGUGAAAAGGAGCCCCCCACAUCUGCAGAAGCUGAGUGUCCCCCUCACACCCCAGAACUGUCUAAGCCUAAGCGGGAAAGAAAACGACCUUCCUACACAGUCUGUGAUGUCUGCAACAUCCAGCUGAACUCUGCCGCCCAGGCCCAAGUGCACUGUGGGGGGCGUGCCCACCAGCGGAGGCUUCGACAACUCAGCCUGGGCAAGACCUCCACAGGGCCAGCAGGCCUGGCCUCCAGCACCCCCAGCCCUCUGCUGGCCUCCCUGCCCUUGCCCACUCGACCUCUGCAACCCCCGCUGGACUUCAAGCACUUGCUCGCCUUCCACUUCAAUGGCGCCACCCCAUUCAGUCUCUUCCCCAACUUCAGCACGAUGGACCCAGUCCAGAAAGCUGUCAUCAGUCACACGUUUGGGGUCCCCUCCCCUCUGAAGAAGAAGCUGUUCAUCUCCUGUAACAUCUGUCACCUGAAGUUCAACUCAGCGAACCAGGCAGAAGCUCAUUACAAGGGCCAUAAGCAUGCCAGAAAACUCAAGGCUGUUGAAGCUGCUAAGAGCAAACAGAGGCCGAGAACCCUGACCCCGAAUGGAACAGUGUCUUCAGCUUUCCCUCCCACCAGCAGAGAGCCGGGAGACCCACAGAGCAAAGGUCCUUCAGCCCCUCCUCUCAGCCCUCUGAUCCAGUUACCACCAACCCAAGACCCACCGGCCAGAGAGCCAGUCCACUCAGACUUCUUGGAUGCUGCUUCCUCUUCCUCUUCUUGCCCACCCUGCUCCCCAGAGCCCAGCAGGGAGGUGCCAGGGCCUGAGCCUGCAGCAAUGGCUGCAGGAACUGGAGUGAAUGGGGAAGGCAGGAGUGAGAAGGGGCGCCUCUACUGUCCUACAUGUAAGGUGACGGUGAACUCGGCCUCUCAGCUUCAGGCCCACAAUACAGGAGCCAAGCAUCGAUGGAUGAUGGAAGGUCACCAAGGGACUCCCCGAAGGGGCCGGGGCCGCCCUGUGUCCUGGGGAGGGGCUGGACACAAGACCAAGAGAGUGACAGGGAGUCGUGGGGGCCGGCAGGGACCCAGCCCUCCUUUCCACUGUGCCCUCUGUCAGCUCCAGGUCAACUCAGAGACCCAGCUUAAGCAGCACAUGAGCAGCCGGAGGCACAAAGACCGCCUGGCAGGGAAGCCCCCUAAGCCCUCCAGCCAGCACAGCAAACUGCAGAAGCACACAGCGCUGGCUGUGACUGUCCUCAAGUCUAAACUGGCCUUGCAGAAGCAACUCACCAAGACACUGGCAGCCCGUUUCCUGCCCAGUCCACUGCCCACCACAGCUGCUGCCAUCUGUGCUCUGCCAGGGCCCCUGGCCCUCCGGCCUGCCCCAACAGCAGCUACUACCCUCUUCCCAGCUCCCAUUCUAGGCCCAGCUCUGUUUCGUACUCCAGCAGGAGCUGUCCGCCCUGCCACGGGACCCAUCCUUUUUGCUCCCUAUUAAUGUUCCUGGGGAGGCUACGGCCGAUUUCCUAACAGUCACACACACUCUCUUCCUGCCCCUGAGAUACCGAUUUCCUACAUCCCACAGGGACUGCCUUUUGCAGUUUAGGGGUUCUUGCCCAAUCUGGGAUAGCUGCUCUUCACUCUGGACUGAGAUCUAAAUGAGUCUCCUGGGUCUGAGGACCAUCUCUACCAUUUCCCAGGCCGGUCCCAGGCUCCCCUGCAUCUAUGGCCCCAUGAAUUCCAAAGAUCUAUGCAAAAUCAGCCCCAGCCACAUGGUGCUUAUUUCUCCAACCAGAGACCUAUACACUGGCAGACUCUGGAUCUUAGCUCCUACCAGCCAGCCUUGCCUGCCAUGUUCUGGGGCCCCACUGGGGGUCUCUGAAGAACCACUGGAGAUAGGGUCUCAAAGCCAGAGUGGACUUAAGUUUAUCAGGCAACUUGAUCUUAGGGUGGACAGGUGUAGUGUUGCACACCUGUAAUCUCAGCACCUGGGAGGCUGACGCAGGAGGCGCAUGAGUUCAAAACUCAGUCUGGGCUAUACAGCAAGACACUGUCUAAAAAAAAAAAAAAAAGUUGGCAGGGCGGCAGAGGAUCAUGGAGGAAAAAGAGGCCCCCAAAGUCCUUUGACUAUUCAAUGUGAAAGUGAGACUGAGCCAAGAGGGGGCUCUAUCUGAUCAGUGGGGACCAGGUUAGAAGGUGAGGGUGUUCAGGCUGGGCUUGGUUCUAACAGAAGUGACCUGUCUUACCACAACUGUCCUUAGCCUUUCAGCAGUUCCUCUUGAACCUCUAAGGGGAACCCUGUGUCUCCCUCAGAAUAUGGACUCCCCAACACCUCAACUGGUGUGCAGCCAUCCCUACCAUGGAGCUUAGGGCUGGUACGGUCUCCAAUAUGCUCUCAAGAUCCACUUUCAUGUUGCCAAAGUCAGUGUCCCCUCCCCUCAAAUAUGGGACUUUGCCAGAAUCCCCCUUUAUCUUUUUUUUUUUUUGGUCUUUUUU